CUGGCAUCCAUCCAUCCUGGCAUCCCGUCCCAUCCAUGCCACCAACCCAGCCUGCCUUGCCUUGUCGCACCACACCAGCAGCAGGCAGGCCUUGGAACGGGAACGGGGGAUGCGCGCCCAGAAUCCGGGGCAAGCGACGGAAGCGAAGCCGGCGCCCACUCACACACGCACACACACACACACACUCUCUCUCUCUCUCUCUCACACACCUUGGCUCUCACUCUGCCCUUUGCCUCUCCCGCGCGCCUGCGCCUGUGCCUGCGCAAGAGCGGAUCCCUCCCUCCUUCCCUCCCCCCACGACAGUCCGCGUCCGGGCCUGCGCCCGUGCCCGUGCGUCCGUCCAUCCGACCCCACGGCGCCCCAAAAGAAGUGAGCAUGUGAUCGGUAGGUAUUCCAUCCUUCGUCAUUGUAAAAAGUCUCGCGCCACCACCAUUGUCGGGACACCGCCCGCCCACGGCCGACGACUAAAUAACCCGCCUGUUUGCGCUUCCUCUCACACACUCGUCGUCGCGCGAACAAACAAACGAAAAAAAAAUAUGUCUUCCCCGAACAACACGUCCCUGUCGCCCGGCGGAGGCGGCGGCGCACCCGCCAACGCGGACGAGAAGCCGCGCCUGACGGAAGAGGAGAAGAAGCAGAACCACAUCGCAUCAGAACAGAAGCGUCGCCAGGCAAUUCGCGAGGGCUUCGACCGCCUGACCGAGCUCGUCCCCGGGCUCGAGGGCCAGGGCCGCUCCGAGGGCCUCGUCCUCAAGCGCACCGUCGAGUUCAUGCGUCAGCAGAUCGAGGAGCGUCGCGCCAUGGUCGAUCAGAUCGAGCGCGCCGGCGGCCGCGUCGACGACGAGCUCAAGAAGCCCUUGAAUAACAGCCAGGGCAACUCUCGAGGAAAGGGGUGAUUGUGGCCAACACCCGCCACGAGCAUCGUCUCCCCCGCUCAUCCCAUAUCCCACCUCCCUUCCCAUCCCCACGACGCACACACGCCGACACGCGCGCACAAUCGUAUGGCGCCGAAUAACGCCCGCGCGACAUGCCCGCUCCUACGCGGCAGAGACCCGUUGCGACGCCGCCGUGCCCAUCGGGGCGGAACCAUAUUCCGACGACAUGCUGCUGAGCAGCCUAGCCCACCGUCCCGUCUCCGUCCCACCCGCGUCGGCAUCACCUGACGCCAGGAGACGUGGGACGAAAUUAAUAACUUAUUACUACGUUAUGAGCCUGCCUACCCUUCGGUUCACUACCGCCAGCGAAUGCGCCGGGCCAGGGGCCCCCACCGCACGAGGCACUGGCCAAGAGCGACCAGCGCCGCGACCAGUUCAACUCGGGCCAUGAUAUAUAUAGAGUUCAGUACAAUCAGCGUCGGAAGGGAUCGUAAAGUGGGUAUACAAAGGCUCAGUCCCCCCACAGGAGUAGUGUACGCUGCACAGCGUCUAUGUAGGCUAUUGGAAUGAAUUCACCAUGGCGCGCAGCCUGU